CCUCCGGUAUAUAAACCUGGCGCGUCCAUCAGUGGACACCAGUCUCGUUCUUCCCUCACACCUCAACAUGGUUCUUAAGGUUUUCGUCAUCGCUGUCCUUGUGGCCGUCACUGUUGCUGACACUAUCCCUUACACCCCUCCACGUCCCUCCUACAACGCUCCUGCCCCUACUGGUCCUGCCCAGUACAACUUUGACUGGUCAGUGAACGACGCAAACUCCGGCAACGACUACGGCCACAACGAAGGUCGUAAUGGAUACGAUACUCAGGGAUCCUAUUAUGUUCAGCUUCCCGACGGUCGUUUGCAGAGGGUUACCUACACCGUGAACGGCGACUCCGGUUACGUGGCUCAAGUUGAAUAUGAGGGUGAGGCCCAGUACUCAGCCUACCAACCCGCCCCUAGUUAUCAGCCAGCGCCUACCUAUAGGCCUGCCCCUACCUAUACGCCCACCCCAAGCUAUAAUUAACAUAAGAACGGACUUAUAAAAGAGCGCGGCCUUAUUAUGCAAACAUUGGAUUAUGUGUAAACUAUUAGACAAAUAAAUUGAUCAAAUAAA